UUUUCCUUUUUCAGUUUCUAAACUUUCUCCAAAAAAGUUGGGUUCUUCUGGAACCUCGACCACUGCAUUGGUUGCCCUUCUGGGUAGAGUCUCUUAUCUGCUUUCUCAAGGGAUUGAUAUCAGGCCCAACCUUGCUGCCAUACUGCGCCUAGCCUUUUUAGACUCUAUCUUCCUUGGGGGUACAUGUUUAGCUUUAAUCUCAAGAUCCUGGUUCAUGAAGCAGGCUACCUCCUUGUUGUGGCCAAAAGGCUGAUGUUCUCUUUAGUGUCUUCUGGUUCUUUGACAACGAUCUUGGCAUAUGACAUUGGCUUACGAGCAUAACUAAUGUUCUUUUACUAAUUUAUUUGGAGUGUACCUUAUGGGUUGCCCAAUUCAUGGAGUGAUUUUAGAUCCAAUUGCUGCAAUGCAGAUGGGCAUCCAAGGGCAGGUAGUCAUUAUGAAUUUUUUUUAAUUACAUUUUUCUCUUAAGUAUUUUUGUAAAGUAAAUCAAACUGCAUGCUGUAUGCUGUUUGAUUCUUAAGCAAUAUAAUCUCUUGUUGACACCUUUAGUUUAUGGAAGUUAUAAAGGCCCAAACUCAGCAUUUUUCUACUGGCUGGAACUCAGUUUUGGGAUGAGAAAAUGAGUAAUGAGCUGGCUGAAGGACGAUUGAGUGGCUCUACCUUUGACAGGUGCUGCAUGGUGCUUUUUGCUGGUAUUGCUGCUGAAGCUCUGGUAUAUGGUGAGGCUGAGGCUGGAGAGAAUGAUGAAAACAUGUUUCGCAGCAUCUGUGUCCUUUUGCCAUUGUCUGUAGCUCAGAUUUCAAAUCAAGCUAGGUGGUCUGUUCUACAGUCUUUCAACGUGCUUAAAUGGCACAGGCAUGGUCAUUGAGCUGCUGUCAGAGCUUUGGAAAGUGGUGGUAGUCUUAGUAUUGUAAUUAGGAGGAUUGAGUAAGCCAUGUCUUCUGGCAGAUGAUGUGCAGAAGUACAUAAACAUGCUGGUUUCUGUGGCCCAAUGGAGUUCAAGAGUUAGAUGUUCUGUAUGCACCUAUAGGAAGGCUUAGAUAACCAUCGUCUGUUCUUGUAUGGCUGGGCAUGGUGAACUGAGGCAUGGAAGUUCUGAAGCGUUCCUCUGAUUAUUGUUCUCUACUCUUUUCCGUACUAAAUAUUAAUUGCAUGUGUAAUCAAUUAUGAGAAAUAUUUUCCUCAAAUGAUAGGUUUCUAAGAAGGAGAAUGAAUGACUCAACUUUUUUGACGUUCCCAAGAUUAUGUCCUAACAGGCCACAGUGGGCGGAGGGCACAUCAAGGAAGUAACAAAUUUUGGUAUCCAGCUGACCAUUUUUGACAUAUGUAGUCUAAAGAGAUGGUUCCUCUUGGUAUCUCUGCUGCAUUUAGACCACAAAUGUGAGCGAAGUUUCUCGUGUUCUCAUCUUUUUGUAAACAUUUUAGGAUCAGAGUGCUAUUUUUUCCAACGCUGUUUUGGUUGGAUGAAUGUUAGGAAUUUUGAGCCAUGGCCCCUUGAUUGAACCCCUAACUAAUUUGAUUCUGGUUUAAGCUUUUGUCCCAAUCAAGCUGCCUCCACAUUCUCUUUGAACAAAAGACCACAACGUUU